AUGGCGGGCUUUGCUUCCCCGAUCGCUUACGAGUACGGCUUGCGCACUCCAUCGCCGCGACGCUUGAGGCCGCCGGCAGCGAGCUCCCCCGAGAUGUGGGGGUUAGAUCUUCUGGAGCGGGGACCGGCUCGGGAACUUUUUCCCCACAUGGAGGCUGAGCCUGCCACACCCCCGCGGAAGCGUCCGGCAGCUUCGUAUCGGCCCUUGGCAUUCAUCGUCGCAGCACAUAGGAGGCACAGUGACUGGGGUAGCAACAUGGUGGUCAUUCUCGAUGGCCGCUGCCUGUGCGUGGAGAAGUGCUGUUGUCUCGACAUCCCUGUCCCUGCCCUGCAGCAGAGAAAGCAAGAGGAGCCCAUUCCAGUCCCCAUCUCGCUGGAAGUGAUCAAGGCCUUCAGCCAGCGAAGUAUGCAGAGCGACACCUCGACGCGAGCUUCUGGGAGGUUCAGUCGUGGCGGCUCAUCUCAUUACGGCUCAGACCAUUGGUGUGCGGAUGACGAAACGAGACUUGGGUGCAACAGUCUCUGGUGUUGA